CAGUACAGUCUCCAUUAUCAUGGCGUCCUCUUCCAGGUACGGGGACAACUUUGUCUCGUUCACUCUGAAUGGAAAGCUUCAGAUAGUAUCCACAGUUCCCGGAAACACAUCUCUCAACACAUACAUAAGGGAGUGCGCCAAGCUGAAGGGCACCAAGUUCAUGUGUCUAGAAGGAGGAUGUGGGGUUUGUGUUGUCAGUUUGCAGUUUAAACAUCCUGUCACUGGCCAAGAGAGGGUGGUCUCAGUCAACUCGUGCAUGUUUCCUGUUUACGCUUGCCACGGACUUAAAGUAACCACUGUGGAAGGCAUUGGGAGUAGAAAAAAAGGUUACCACGAAAUCCAGACAAGGUUGGCACAGUUCUACGGUACCCAGUGUGGCUACUGUACCCCAGGGUGGAUCAUGGCAAUGUACAGCCUACUAGCAUCAAACCCCAAUGCUACCAUGAAAGAAAUUGAGGACUCAUUUUCUGGGAACCUUUGCCGUUGUACUGGGUAUAGGCCGAUCCUUGAUGCUUUCAAAUCUUUUGCUUCUGAUAAAAGCAGUCAGUUGGAGCAGAAGGUGGCAGAUAUUGAGGAUUUAAUGAAAGUAUGUCCAAAAAGUGGUAGCAUGUGUCAUGGGAAGGGCAAAGGAGACCAGAAGAGAGCCUCAUAUAACUGUGAGGACGAGAAUGACUGUGAUGUAGAGUUCCUAGAGGUUGCGCUCGCCUUGCCGUCAUUGAAACUCGAUCUCAAGGGUGGAUCUCAGUGGUACAAAGUUUCUAAUGUAAAUGAGAUAUUUGAGAUCUUCCAGAUGAUAAACUGUUCCUACAUGCUUGUUGGAGGGAAUACAUCUACAGGUAUCCUGAAAUACAAGCCACCCCCCGAUGUCUACAUAGAUAUAAAUGGAGUGGGGUUCCUCAAGGCUCACUCUUUCUCCUCAAACUACUUACAAGUCGGAGCGAACACCACCCUGUCAGACGCUAUCGUCCUGUUCAGUGCUGUGGCAGAGGAGAACCCUGGAUACUUCUCCUACUUGAAACAGCUGGCCAAACAUAUCACUAAAGUGGCUAACACGCAUGUCAGAAACGUGGGAACAAUUGCUGGCAACUUGUCUAUAAAACACGAGUACAGAGAAUUUCCGUCGGAUUUAUUCUUAAUACUUGAAACUGUGGGCGCUAGAGUAUCAGUUAGAUCAGAUAACGAGAAAAUCACGCUGUUGUCGCUGACGGACUACUUAGAGACUAACAUGAACAAAAAGGUGAUCCUGCAGAUACUAUUGCCUCCACUUAAUGCUCUGACAUACGUCGUAAAAACCUACAAGAUCACACCAAGAGCUGAAAAUGCCAUAGCGUACGUCAACGGAGGUUUCAAGUUUUGUGUGAAAAAAGAGGAGGGUUUCCGAGUACUAGAACAACCGAGUAUACUAUUUGGUGGCAUAAAUCCUCGAUUUACCCAUGCCUAUUUGACAGAAAACUUCUACACCGGAAAAUAUUUGAUGGACGUAUCUACAUUACAAGCAGCUCUCAAAAUUCUGUGCAAAGAAGUGCAGCCAGACUACAAACUACCGGACUCGAAACCAGAAUUCAGGAGAGGCCUCACAUUGGCUAUACUGUACAGGGUAGUCCUGAGCCUGUGCCCCGAAAGAGUAAAGUCUGAGUUCCGCAGCGGAGGGAUGGACAUCACGAGGCCAUUGUCUUCAGGGAAGCAGGAAUUUGACUCUGACAGUUCUAGACCUCCUCUGUACCAGCCGUUCCCAAAACUGGAAUCGCUCAUUCAAUGCUCUGGGGAAGCUGAGUACGUGUACGAUAUUCCAACAAUAGGAUGCGAAUUGUACGCCGCCUUCGUCAUUACUAAACAAGGACCUGCGACUCUAGAGGGCUUGGAUCCUUCUAAGGCUCUUAUGGUACCUGGUGUGGUAGCUUUCUUUUCUGCCAAGGAUAUUCCUGGGGAAAACACAUUCACACCCCGUCCACAGUUUUACCUUCCAAGCAAUGAGCUGUUGUUUGCUGAUAAGGAAAUACAGUUUGCUGGCCAGCAAGUUGGCAUAAUAGUAGCCACCACUCAAGAACUAGCUGAUAAGGCUGCAGAACUAGUCCUAAUUCGUUGUAAGGACAAGAAGACGCCACUUCUUGAUGUUCGUGAAGCUGUGAAGAAUGGGGACACCUCAAGACUGUUUCUCAGAUUUACUAGACCACCGAUUCCAACUCCUGAAGUUUACAAAGUGGUAAAAGGAGAUUUUACAAUGGAAUCCCAAUACCAUUUUAUGAUGGAGACUCUGACUUGUGUGACAUAUCCUGCAGAGGAUGGUGGACUGGACAUCUCCUGUACAACUCAUUGGCUACAACAAGUUCAGGAAACAGUAGCAUUGCUAUGUAACAUCCCAGAGGCUAGUAUAAACAUGAGACUUCGGCGUUUGGGUGGAUCUUACGGUGGCAAACUGACAAGAGGGGGCUUGGUCGGAGGAGCUUGUAGUCUAGCCGCCUAUCUCCUACAGAGGCCGGUCCGUAUGGUGGUCAAACUGGAGACAAUGAUGGAGGCUAUUGGCAAGAGAUACGCUACUUAUUUUGAUUAUGAGGCUGGAGUGAACGAAGAGGGGGAGAUUCAAUAUUUGAACACCAACGUGUACGAGGACAAUGGCUCAGCAUUCACUGAUCAUGUUACUCUUAAAAUACUAAGUGCUGGAGUGAACGAAGAGGGGGAGAUUCAAUAUUUGAACACCAACGUGUACGAGGACAAUGGCUCAGCAUUCACUGAUCCAGUUACUCUUAUAUUACUACUUCCAUCUUACACGAAUGUGUACGACGAAAGAGCUUGGGGCACAAACCUGUAUGACGUAUUAACGGACAAACCUUGCAACUUAUGGGCUAGAUCACCAGGAACAGUAGAAGGAGUGACCAUGGCUGAACACAUAAUGGAACAUAUAGCACAUGAGCUUGGCAAGGACCCGCUGUCUGUCAGGAUGCAGAACUUGAACAGGACGCUACCGACCGAGGCUCUGAUAGAGAAAAUAAAAGAAAAGUCAGACUACGAUAAACGUAAAGCUGAAGUGGAAGACUUUAACAAGAAUAACGUGUGGAAGAAAAGGGGAAUAUCAUUGGUACCGAUGAAAUUUCCCUUGACUAUUGGCUCCAACUACCACGCCACGGUCUCCGUAUACAGGAACGACGCCACUGUGGUCAUCACUCAUGGAGGGGUGGAAAUGGGACAAGGAAUCAACACUAAGGCUGCCCAGGUCUGUGCUUCAGCUUUCGGCAUAUCGCUGGAAAACGUAAAAGUGAAACCAACAGACAUCAUAACGUCUCCCAAUGACGGAUUUACGGGCGGUAGUUACACAAGUGAGAGUGUUUGCUACGCAGUUGAGGAAUGCUGCAGGAAGAUCAGUAAUAGGCUAGAACCUAUACGAAAAGGGUUGAUAUCGCCCUCCUGGCCUGUACUGAUACAAGCCGCCUAUCAAGCUCAAAUCAACCUCAGCGCUUCGUGCAUGUAUUCGCCAAUAAAAGACGCAAAAAGUUACUCAAUUUUUGGAGCUACAGUGUUGGAAGUGGAACUUGAUAUUUUAACUGGAGAGCAUAAGUGUAUUCGCGUCGACAUUCUUGAAGAUGCUGGCAAAAGCCUGAACCAAUUUGUCGACAUUGGUCAAGUUGAAGGUGCUUUUAUCAUGGGCCUAGGACACUGGACAUCUGAGGAGUUGAUCUAUUGUCCUAGCACUGGCAGAAUGUUAACAAACAGGACACUGAAAUACGACAUUCCAUGUUCUAAGGAUAUACCGACCGAUUUUAGAGUAUAUCUUUUGAAGAACUCUGACAACCCACUUGGGAUUUUGAGAACAAAAGCGGUGGGUGAACCUCCUCUGUGUAUGUCCAACUCUGUGAUGUUCGCUCUGCGGCAGGCUCUCCGGUCUGCCCGCAAGGACAUGGGGUUGCCAGACACUUGGUUAAAAAUAGAUGCGCCCUUUACAGGAGAGAAACUCUUCUUGUCUUCGGGUAUUGACUCAGAAAAAUACCUUUUAUGAAUUCUGAAGACCCGCAACGUUUCAUUUUACUUUAUUUAGUAAAGGAGUAUUACUUAAGUUAAGACUAUUAACAGCUAGUAAGGGUUAAUAAGAAAUUUGCUGUAAUGUACAAAUGUAGUAUAUAUUAAAAAAAAGAUAAUUUUAUUGCUAUUGUAUUAAAAGUCUAUGGAAAAGUUGUAUUACUCUUUAUUAAGAAUAAUAAUGUCUUAUAAUCCAAAAAUAUAUUUUAACUUUAACUUUUAAACUACUACUGAUUUUAUUUCGUGUAAAAUCUAUUUUUUCCCAUAA